ACUUUUUUAAAUUGUAAAUUGGCCCCUAUAAGAAUUAAUUUGUAAUUUUUUAUAUUUUAAUUGUAUAUGUUUGUAUUUUUUUAAUAUAAAAAAUUGUUUAAAAUAAUAUAUAAAAUAGAAUAUUUAGAGAAUAUUUUUUUUGGAAUUGAAAAUAGAGUUGUGAGUUGAAAUUAAAUUACUGUAACUAGAGUUAUAACUGUUAUCCGGUUGGAGAUGGCCUAAUGUGUUUAUUUGAUUUUAAUUUGAAAAUAAAUUUUUUAUUCUGAAUUUUUAUUUAAAUAAUAUAUAGGAGUUAAAUAGUUCUAACUUAAAUUAAUUCAGGCCCAAAGAUGAUUUUUUUGGAGCUUUUGCUGUCCGUGGUCCUGUAAGCCCAAUCUGAAACAGAUCCAUUAUUCCACUUACCGGUAAUCCACCGGAUCCCGGACCGGGGUCCAGGAUCUCUUAUCCUACAAACCGACAUAGAGUGUCCAGUGCAGAGAGGAAUUUUUAGAAAUGGCGAAUUCGAAUGGAGCUUCGAUCGACAGCGUCGCGAAGGAGAGCAUGGCGGGGAGGUUGUCGCUCAUCGACGACUUGUAUUUCCCUCGGAAAGUACAUCCUGGCGCUUCGGCUGACCCUUCCCAUCGCAAGUCUCUCCUUCUCGAUCUCCUUUCCAACGAUGCUGCCGUCUUUUUAGAACGGUACGGGUCGAAGUUGACACUUGAGGAGCUUGGCCAAUUCGAUGUGUUGAAAGAGGAUUAUGAAAUUAAUUGGCACUUAAAUAACCUCCGAAGUGUAAUGAGCCCAACAGAGAAGCAGAAGAAAUCGAAGUCAGUAAAGAUCAAGAAUAGGAGACUGGCCUAUAUGGAUAGGCUAGUUAUGGGUGGACAAUAUUUUUCGGAAGAUGCAAUGAGGGAAAGAGAACCAUUUUUGCAUCAUGAGUAUGUCGGGAAGUUUCAGGACCUGAGUGGGAGGAGAAUGGCGAGACCUGGUGAACGAUGGUUCGAGACACUCAUUAGGCGAUCGGAAGAGGCCGUGUUGGUGGAGAGAAUCAGAGGGGAGCAGCAAAGAUUAGGUGUAGCUGAGAGUGAUUGGGUUGGAAAUGAAAUAGAAAGACCCAACGAGGAAGAACAAGAAGAAGAAGAAGAAGAAGAGGAAGAAGAUGAGAGUGAAACAGAAAAUGCUGUGGAGAACGAAAUAGAGGAAGAUGCGGUUCCUUCCGGAAGUUCCGAAAUUCCUAAGGGGCAUGUGGAUAAUAGCGGUGGCGAAAGUAGGGGGUUGUCAACUAUAGAAAUGGAAGGUAACAGUUUGUCCGCUGAAGAGAUGCAAGACCGUAUGGAACAGUUCACUUACAUAAUGCAGCAGAAGUUCUUGUCGGGGGAAGAUCAUGAGUAUAUGGACUAUUCAAAGAUAGACGAGGACGAGACCUUGGAUGAUCAUUGGAUGAAAGAAGCCAACCAAGAUGCAGAAGAGAAGUAUUUCGAUGAUAUCUAAUAUAUUAUUGAGUCGAUGCUGCCUCUAAUGUCCAUAGAAAACCAUAUUUGAUGUUUUACUAGUUUCCAUUGUCGGCUGCUCUAUAUUGUUUUCAGCUUUCACACAUAUAUAUAUAUAUAUAUUUGUUUCUAUUGAA